AUGGAUAAUCAUUUUAAUAUUUUUAUUUUUUUAAAAAUGUAUUGGAACUUUAUUAUUUUACUUUUAAUGAAUUUUAUUAUACAAUCUUUUGAACAUUUUUUUUUAAUAAUUCCAUACAAAAUAUACAUGAGAAAUAAUCAAAGAACUUAUAGAUUCUUUACAAAAAGACCUUUUGAAAGAAAAAAAGAUUUAUUUACAAAUGUUUUGCAGGACUAUAAGUAUGUACCAAAAGCGUAUGUUCUUUUUAAAUUGGAUGGUUUGUUUAAUGAAACUAGAUUUAUUGAUACUCGAAAUGUUGGGUAUUAUGAAAGAUAUCACAAAGAAGGAGUUGAAAGUUUACCAUUUAAACAAAGCAAAUAUCUCAUAAAAUUAGGUCAGAUGAUGGAUAAAGUAAUGUUUGUAUGUAAUAGUGGUUUCUAUCCUACUUAUAAAUUAGCCACAAUAUGUGUUGAAGACUUAGCUAAAUUUUCUAAAAUUAAAUCAGAAAAAUCGUACUUGGGAAAAGAUCAAAAUGGUAAAAGAAUUUGGUAUGUAGCAUGGCAAAACUGUCAUUUUGAAUGUUUUUCAAAAAGAAAUUACGAAGACAUGAAACCAAGACUUUUAAAAGAAUUAAAUAUGUAUAGGGCAUUGCUAAGAGCUAGACCAGUUAUAUACAAUGAAAAAAUUGAAAAACAAGCACAAAAACAAUCCGAAUUGAAUAUUAGACCAAAUGAAUUUUCACAAGUAAUGUAUAAGAAUCAGCUUUUUAGAGAAAUUUCUGGCAUUAACAGUCCACCACUUGGUAGCACACAAAUGAAUAGGUGGUAUAAUGAUUAUGUAAGAUCGAACAAAAACCCCCGUUUAAGAAAGGCUAUUACAAAAUUUGAGGAAGCUCUUUUUUCCCCAAAUACCAAAGAAGUUGGUUUUGGAGUAACCAAAAAGGGAAAUAAGUUAAUUAUUGUUUGUAGAUUUAGAUAA